AUGACUCCGGAGGCCGCAAUUGAGCCCGGGCCAGAAUCCGAUAUCGUCAAUUUGCUCUGUGACGAUGCCCUUCCUGGCUACUCCAUCAAUAAGGACUUCCUAUGCAAUUGGCAGACGGAACUAGAUCACGAGGCAGUUGAGGCUGUGAUCUCGAACCAAGUCGCCAACGAAGUCCUUCUUUUAUAUCCAGAUUCUCUUUCUCCAUAUGAUUCCGCAGCUUUUGAUGCAUUGCAGGCGUGCAUUGGUAGAUUGGAUGGCCUAGAUAACGAGAUAUAUUUCAACUUUAAAGUGCUCAUGUAUGAGACCAUACACCAAGCAACCACCUCGCUAAAAUCGUUCAAGUUCCAACUCUGUAGACAUGGCCUCCUCGCCUUUUUGGUUGGCAAUAUGGUGUCGUUUUUGGAUCGUAAUGUCCUGCUGACCUCAGAACGCUGGGAGAAAAUAUUCAGGCUUAAACAAGAGUUUCUAAUAUCAUUUAUGGAGUUCGGAUGCGACCCAGUCAUUUUGAAGCAGUUGCUCGCUCCGAUCGUGUUCGGCCCUGGAUGUGACAAGGACGGCCGCUUACGUGAAACUUACCUCCAGAUACUAGCAUCAGCCCAAAACGAGUUUCCAGAACAGCCAACAUUUCUAAUAUUUGAUAACUUCUUGAAAACACACAUUUCGCUUCCAUUCUCGAGCGAGUCGCCUCUGCUGAACUGCUUUACCAUUUGUUCUUGGUUCAAACUCAAUGCUUGGUCUAACAACACAUCGAGAUUGAGCGACGAGAGCAUAUGUACUUCCCUUUUCCUGUUCACAAGCUCUCAUGAUUCGCAUGAUGUCGUAUUCAAGAUGCAAUUAAUUGAUUUCAAGAAAUUCGUAAUGGUGAUCCAUAAUGGGGAGAGCAAUAGCAGAAUGAGCUUAUCCUUCAAUAUUGCGUUGGAACCGAAACAUCUCGAAAACCAAGGCUUUACCCAUAUGGUCUUGACAUACGAUCUGUAUCAGAACCUUAAUCUUUUCAUUGAUGGAGAGUACUGCGAGUCAAUACCAUGCCCUGCUUUAUCUCAAUACCCCUCUAAUUGGAACAAGGUUUACAUAGGAACUUUGACAGAAGAACAUGACCCCCAUAGUCCCUUUUCAAAAUGUGAGUUGCUACUCAAUGACCUUUUUGUACUCGAUUUGCCAUUAUCUUUCGAGUGGAUAAAUUUCAUGUAUGCUAUGGGAGUUGCUUACGAAUGGUCUCGACAAGAUUUCUCAGACAGUGUCAUUGCUGAAAUACUUAUUCAAAUGGAGAACAAGAAAUUUGCGAUGCUCGAACUUCGUGUCCGUGACAUUAUCAAAGAUUCUAAACAGUCUGCCAAUCACUUCCUUCUGAACAAUCUGAAUUCUUUGAGGUCGACUAAAACACUCAACAGUACAAAAAGCCAUAGCAAAUCCAUGGUGGCAAAAAUCUUAUCUCACAAGAAGCUUCUAAAGCGUGACUUCGUUUUUGAUUUCUUAUCCAGUGAUUUUUUGAAAUCAAUUGAAAUCAACCAAUCGCUUCAUAUUUAUUAUAACCGAACACUUCCCUUAAGCAGCUCUUUCUACGUUUUGGGAGGUGGCGGCCUUCUCUUGGUGGCUCUCGAGAACUUGAUGAAGGACGACUCGAUUCUGACACAGGCCAAAAGUUGCCUUUUUUUGAAACUCAUUGACACCUUUCUCACCUACCUUGAGGGACACCCUGCACUGGCAAAGGAAUUCCAAGAAGGCGAGGGAUAUUACAUCCUCUCCUUCAUGGCUAUUUAUUACAAGAACAAUUUCGACUCAAGUCUCAAGUUCACAGUUGACGACCAGAAUACUUCAACUUUGCAAGGAGUUGAAAUACCCGCAGAUCUUAGUCUUUUCUCGUGCUUUUUAGAUCAUUUUUCAAUUAAGAAUCCACGUUCGGAAGAACUUCUCAUCUCGAACAUUAGUGGGUACAAGAACCUAGUCAUGAACUUUGACAUCUAUGACAAAACUGAAGACUUUUCUUCGUUGAAAGCACAUUUGAAGGGGCUCUUCGACAACGGUCAAGGACAACCGAAAGAUACUUUUUUGAAAAUGAAGAUGUCCAGUAAAGUUUGUCAAGCAUUGAGAAGAAAAGUACUUUGCGAAAACACCAAGCAAGCCCUUAAUUCAGAGCUUGACGAAGUAACAGGCAUUCUCGUUAGGGCAGAUCCGUCUGUGGAUACAAUACGAUGCUUUGCAGAGUUUAUCAUCCUCUGCCUCUAUCAUAAUGAGCAUGACACUAGCUCUCAGAGAACGGGAUUGAGUGUAUUGCAAGCCCUCGUUGAUAAGUUCUGUGAUUCAGAAUUGACCAUCAAGGAACUCCGGAAGUUCUCAAGGUCUAUGAGUGUCUAUUGGAUUCUGCUUCUUCUCGAGUUUCAAAGCGAUUCAAAGCAAUUUGCUGGCCAAAUUGUUUGCGCUGGGCUCACAUUAUUAGCGAAACUAUUAAAAGUGCUUGGCGUCCCAAUUAUUAGAAAAUUCAUGAGGCAGUCACGAGGCAUGGAUAUUUUGACAUACUUUUUGAAGGAUUGGUGGAAUGACGAGAGAGUUUUCGCUGUAUUACUUGUAUCUGCUUUCGAGUCAGAUUACCAAGAUAUCAAUCGUGAGCAACCAAAUGUGUAUCAAAUCCUAGAAUCGGAAGAAUUUGUUAAAAAGAGUCAAAAAAUCACCCUACCUGAGACAAUUCUUCUCCUUAACAAUUUAGCACUAGUGGGUGGCUAUGUCUUGGCACAAAAACAGGGUAAGGUAUUAAGCGCUCCAAAUUCUCCCGCAAGCAAAGUGAUCAGUGUCGAAAGCUACAACAGCGAAAUUUUGGAUACAACUUUUGACUUUCUACAUGUGAUCAAUCAAUUGUCAAGCAUUGUCAUCUCCGAGAACUCGCGUUCACUGGCACUUCAGAGGGUAUUCUUUAGCAAGGAAUGGCUUGAGAGUGCUUUCGAGAUUGUAGCAUAUGUGAAGUUACUCCGUUUGUAUGCGCUAGCAGAUGUCAAAGAAUCGUUUCGUGCCACUCAAGAAAAGUUCCUCCUGGCAUUAACUUCCAUUUUUGUCACAAGAUUACCAGACUUUAAACUUAUCAUAUCGAUGUUAAAGUCUGUUAAUGAUAUCACUAAAAAAUUGAUCUACGAGAGCAUAUUUCCCAAAUUAUUCGACCACCUCAUGGUAUUCACAUUGUCAUCUCAAUUCAUUUUUCAAGAGGCAGAGGUACUCAGAGGGGGUAGUGAUUUAUUAGAGAUAUACUACGAUGAGUAUGUGCAGCUUAAUUUUCUCAUCCCAAUGACGGAUCUCGAUUUGUUUCUUGAUUGUGCUUGUGGUAUACUCGAAAGAAAUGAUGUUUCCCCUAAAAUGAAACGAGUUCUAGGAAAUAUUGUUGGGAAAUCAAUCCUUGUGAGGUUAUUCAAAAUCAAUGAUAAGCAAGACCACUUGUCUCAGGUUCCGGGCAACUUCAGUGACGCUUCUGCACGUGAAGCCUUAGAUGAACAAGUGAAAUAUUGUCUUUACAAGCAAGCCAUAUUUUUACAGCCGGAAAUCAUAAGCGAUGAAACAAUGCAUCAAGUCAUUGUCAUCAUAAUGGGCUUCUACCUAAAAUUGUCCACAGAAAGUCAAGGACAGAUCCUGGAGCAUGUUCUCAACUUCGUGCGUGCCUUGGUCAUGAUGAGAAAUGAUACUUUUGAUUAUAUUAUUGAUCGUCUCAUUGAUGUUUCAGACUACAACAAUUCGAGAGACCUAAUCAAAGAAUUUUUCGAAAACAUCGUUAGCAAAAAUGAUGAGGACAGUAUUCGAUACCUCCAGAAGCAUCCAACUAUAAAGCUUAUAUUCAACAAAAGUUGGCAGUUCAGGAUGCGCAAGUUAGAUGACAUCGGAUCCAUCAAAAUGAUUGAUAUGGUGCGAGUUGUUUUGGGCAAUGGUGGCCUGUUUGGAAACCUCUCAACCUCACACAUCGAUAAGUUUAAAUCGAAUUCUAGCUUAGUGAAAGCGACCUGUAUCAGUGGCGAAUUGACGAAGUAUGGGAGAGAAGAGCUGGACAAACAAGAGGCUGACAUUUAUGCAACGGCCUCCUUCAGUUCAGUUAAAAUCGAGAUUUUGAGGAUCUUCGGCAUUUCAGAUUUGCCAAACGCUUCUUAUACCCUCCAUUACACUGAAAGUGCGGACAGAAUGCGGAAACUACUCAUUUUGGAGGAUCAUCUUCCUGAAUCGGAACGGCUCUCGUAUGCUGUCCGUGUCCCUGUGAAGCCUUUGGAAGCCCAUACGGAAAACUCCCUCAAAGGACUUAACAUUGGAUUUCCCCAAAAGGAAACCAACCCUUUAAGUAUUCUUGAACAUUCAUUGCUAGACUUAGAUCUCGAAGAAUACGAAGAGAUAGAUGAAAAUGGCGAAGCAGAGGGCCUUGGAAACAGCAAAACAAUUCACGAAGAUCGAAACAGAAAAGUACUCAGAAGUCUUUAUUUGGGAGAUCACAUUCAAAACUUGUUCAAUGUUUCUAGAAUACAGGGCUUGGAUUCGAUAGAAAGCUUGUUGAUUCUAGGCCAUAGCCACUUGUAUCUAAUCGAGCACUACUUUCAUUGCACAGAUGGAAACGUUAUUGACGUUGAGGAGGCACCUAGAGAGUUGAGAGACCCAUUCAUCCAACUAAUCAAACCUACUGUUCCUUCGGCGAAUGGUAAAGCUCACAGAACAUGGAGUUGGCCUCUUGAAACCCUCAGUAAUAUCUCUCGUCGUAAAUUUCUUUUGAGAGAUAUUGGGCUAGAAAUGUUUUUCAGUGAUGGUGCAAGCAUUUUGAUCACCUGCCUCUCUAGCAAAUUAAGAGAUUCAAUUUAUUUAAGUCUUUCAUCACAUACAACGGGUCAAAGUUUAGAUACAGAUCUAGCUGCCACAUUGGAAGUUUCAUCUUCCCCUCUGCUGAUAAUACAGGAUGCAUCUUCGUCCGGAUCUUUCUUCUCUUCCAGGUUUGCUUCUGCGUUUUCCUCAAGUUCCUCUGUCGCAUCCAAGCUUCAAAAACUAACAAGGAAAUGGCAGGAGGGCAAGAUGAGCAAUUUCUUCUAUUUGAUGGCUAUCAAUACUAUGGCGGGCCGAACAUUCAAUGACCUCUCGCAAUACCCUGUGUUUCCAUGGGUUCUCGCAGACUAUGAUAGCGAGAAUCUUGAUUUAAAUGAUCCACGAUCAUUUCGAGACCUAUCGAAACCUAUGGGAGCCCAAACAGAAACUCGAGCACAAGAGUUCCGGACAAGAUAUGAAGCGCUCAAGAGCUUUGAAGAUCCUUCUUCUCCAGCCUUCCACUACGGAACACAUUAUUCUUCUGCAAUGAUUGUUGCAUCAUACUUGAUCAGAAUGAAGCCAUUUGUUCAGUCAUAUUUGCUUUUGCAAGGUGGGUCUUUCGACCAUGCUGAUCGACUUUUCAAUUCAGUGAAAAAAGCUUGGCUUUCAGCGUCGAAAGAGAACACAACAGAUGUUCGUGAACUUACCCCUGAGUUCUUCUAUCUUCCCGAAUUUCUAACAAACUCCAAUCAUUUUGAGUUUGGAAAGCUUCAGAACGGCAAAUCUGUUAAUCAUGUCGAGCUUCCUACAUGGGCUCACGGCGAUCCUAAAAGAUUCAUCAACAUGAAUAGGGAGGCCCUUGAAAGCCCGUACGUUUCUCAAAAUCUACACAAAUGGAUUGAUCUCAUAUUUGGUUUCAAACAGAAUGGUAAAGAAGCGGUGGAUGCGCUUAACGUUUUCCAUCAUCUGUCCUACGAAGGCGCCAUCAAUCUCGACAAUAUCGAUGAUGAAGUGGAGAAACGUGCUGUAAUUGGAAUGAUAAAUAAUUUUGGUCAGACACCAUUGAAGUUGUUUUCAAAGCCUCAUCCGCCCAAAGAAAUACUUAACAUGGCAAAUAGGUACCUCAUCGACAGCGAUGCAUCGCUGAGACAACUCGAAUUGAGUUUCGAGUCCAAGUGGCGGAUUCCAAUUGAGAAACUCGAGUUCAGUAUUUCAAAGACCAACAGAUGGAUUGGACGCAAUAGUUGCACGUCUUCAGAAGACCAGAUGCUAAUUCGAAAGCCUCACACAGUUGGUUGUCGCUCCCAGGCCGGUGCUCUCAUCGUGAAUAACAUGAUCCAUUCUAAUUUGCAUCCGGCGGAAAUUCUAACGAUUUUGCCGAUUGGGAACAAACAAUUUCUCACAGCAUCAGUCGAUGGAGUAAUUAAGAUGUGGAGAAUCCAUCUUGAAAAUGGUUCCAAGAUCACCCUCCAACAUGUCUUGAGAGGUCAUCUUUAUCCAAUUCGAUCUCUCUCAUUUAACAAGUCUUUCAAUGUGUGUUUGAGCCUUGAUUCACAUGGCGGCUUACUUCUCUGGGAUAUGGCUCGCUUCAAAUUUGUGAGAAAGAUACUUUCUGCGGAAGAGAAGGAGUCUCAGAGCAAGAGACUCAUAGCAGUCUCAAACGACACAGGUCAUUUUUGUAUCAUGUCCAGUAACAAGUUCUCGAACACUUUAACGGUGUACACAUUGAAUGGUGAUUUGUUGUUGGAAAAAUGUAUCGAGCCUGGAAAAGUGACCAGUGUUGCGUUUGCGCAGUUUAAUACAUCACUUCUCGAUGCACCUAAGUCCGAAUUUCUCCAUUCGUUUUGGAGCUCGGAGUUCUUGUCGGUUUCCUUUUCGUCGCCUAAUCACAUUAUUCGUGUGUACGAGUUGAAGGGUACGACAACCGGAUUUGAGCUUACUUUGACGCAAAAGUACGACUUGUCUGCCAUGAUGCUGAACUCGAUUACAACAAUGAUGGUGAUGAAAGAAACAAAGACAGAUGAAGAAGAGAAAAUAUCAAGGGGUCGGUUCAAGUUCAUUUUGGGGGACUCCAAAGGCCGCGUGUAUACCUACUAG